GCAGUUGUCCUCAGUGACAGCCGCAGCAGUAAGAGGAAGUGUUACACAGUGUGCAACUCUCAGUGUGACUGUUUGGCCAGCAUAUGUUUUUUAUACAUGUGGCAUAUGAUGUAGUCCACUGAUAGUCUCACAAGGACGAAAGCAGUCACAUUGGUGAUUUUUUACGUUUACCUCAUUAUGUAAGGACCAAGCCACAGCAUGGCAUCCUGGAGAAAUUCUAGCAGUAUUAAUGUUGAGGACCCGGCAGCUGAAUAUGCUGCCAUUGAAUCCGAAAUCUACCGUUCCCUGCUAACCAUUAUGAGAGAAAUGGACAUUGAGCAACCAGCUGUCAAUAAAGGAAUGCUGAGAUGGACAUUACACAAGAAAGUGCAGGACAGUUCACUCAGGAGUCUGGCUUUGGUGAGAGUGGCAAUCAAGGAACUAGAAAGAGCUGAAAGAACUGACUGCAAGAAUCAUCUCAUUCCUCUACUUAAUACACUUAUAUAUGCUGUGAUGCAGACAGUAUGCAUACCUGAUGACCUCUAUAAACGAGUUUAUGACUUCUGCAAGAGGUUGUUGACUCUGCCUCAGCCAUACUGCACUGUGGGCCUUAGUUAUGCUGGCCAAAUGAAAGCAGAACGACUUGCUCCAGGCCUUUUGUAUCAGAAAAUGAUAAUCGCAGAACAAAAUCUGAAAAAUGAACACUAUCCUCACCAGGAGAGGGUGUUUGUGUUUGCGGAUCCUGCAGUAUUUUCCGAGUCACUUAGCACGGUUCUGAAGGCUGAUAUUGAGGCUCAAGGAAUGUUCCGGAACCCGCUAAGCUUGAUGCGCUGUGUAGUGCAGCACAGUCUUCAGGCGGCACUGGGAGAGGAUUGUCAUGGGCCCUCUCUCAAUGAGGCUUUGCAGGAAAUCGACCAGGAUGUGGAGUCGUACCUAAAUGAAGUGCUUGCAACAGUAGACCAGAGCACAGGCAGUAACAGAGUUGAUCAGGGUCAGACCAGACAGAAACUACAAGAGUUAUACUUACAGAUCCUCCGUGACAGAAAAGGUCUAUUGUCCGACGGCUCUCUGUGUGAUGUUCCGCUUCCCAAUCCGGAGAUGAGUUUCCAUCUGUGGUGGGAGGAGGAGGAGCUCUGGAGAGAACUGGCCAAAUUCACCCGUUCUGGAUCAUUCUGUGAAAGCCUGAUGAGUUCUGAGGACUUCUAUAUGUCUGACUUACCCAUAGACCUCAACUCAGAUAUGCCACGGUAUUCUGUCAUGUCGACGGACAGUGGGAUAGAGCGUGACAUGCAGGGAACUGAGGCUUCUGACAUGGAAUUUCCUGGAGGAAGAACCUUAAAGCCUGAAAUUACCAGUGGUCGACUAUCACGGCGUGGAGGAAUUAAGGUAAAGCCGACUGUAACCGAAAGCAUGGCUCUGAUGCAGGAAGCACUGGAGGAGACGGGCACCGCUUGCAGUAGUGGCACACUGCAGAGGAGAGCAGGAAAUAGUAGUACCAACUUGCCCAAGGAAGAACGGGACUACACUGCUAAAAUAGUGGUGAUGGGAGAUGACCGGGCAGUGGGAAGGCUAGCCAGGGCAUACUACUGGUUAAGGAAACGGGAAGCCAGGAGACGGUUUCUUACUAUGAAAGUCAACCUACAGAUGUACUACAUCCCUGUUGGUCGCCCGUCGUCUACAGCCUCUCCUGUGAAGGAGAAUUUGCCUUCUACAAGCAAUAACAUCUGUGCUCUGGGCUCUUAUCUUGGAAUGGUGGAUCCGUGGUACGAUUGCAACAUCUGUAGUCUUGGACAGAUAAUUCCUGAUCUUGCAAAAACGUCCAGCACUGGCAAACCACAAGAAUCUGACCUUUUCUCAUCUGAUGUCAUCUCGUAUUACGUGCGUAUGGGACAACAGCCAGUGUACUUCAACAUUUUCUACAUUAAGAUUUACUUUUUCAACAAGUCCAAAGAACCUGUGGAAGACGUUUUUGUCACAGACCUGGAAGUGGAUUUUCCAGAAUUUAGAAAGGCCCAAGCUGCACAUAAAGCCAUUGCCACCCUAAAUUUAGGCCAGCAGUUCAUUCAGCCAGUAUUUACAGCCAACAUUCUUUCCUUAGACACUGUCAAACAGAAGAAGAUGCCUGCCGAGCUGUGUGGGGCCCUGAUCUCGUUUAGCUACUUAAAAGUGUCGCUAAGCAACAGGGAGGUUGAGAAAGGGUUCUCAUUCAGAACAACAGGCGCCCAGGUUUCAGCAAUACCACAAAACAAAACAGAAGAUCUCAACUGUCUCACGGUCACUUUCAGUGACACAAAGCCAAAGAGUUUCAUGGAGACAAAGAUCAGAACAUGCCAUUUUAAAUUGAAGACGCCAGACAAAUCAACUUUCACAGUACGUUUGGACAAAGACUUUCGAAGGAAAUAUAUGAACGUUGAGAGCAUUGAGGUUGCUCCAUGUCGAGACCCUGGAUAUUACGUUCAAAAAUCCUUGAAGUCAAAGUUCACGGCAGAAGGUGACAGUAAUGCUGGACUGAGCAAAUACAUGAGCAAAGGAUUGACUCUCCCCAUUAACACAUUUGCUGGAAUAAUCGACUAAACGAACGAGGAACGGGAUGGAGCCUGCUUGCUGUCAACAUAAAGGCCAGUUCUGGACUCUUGCAGUAUGUGUAUUGUGUUUUAAACAAUGCACUGUCCAGUAGUGUCGCCGUGUGAUCAAAUGAUCAGCUAAGACACUUCGCCAAGCAGGUUUUACUGCAAUAUAUACUUUUAUCUGUGAAUCACAAUUUGAUCGGUCCAGGGAGUAUUUUAAUGUGUAACACAGCUAACUCACUAACACUAAUGCAUUCAUGGUAUUAAGUUUCUCAAAGAAGUAGGAUUUACUUGAACUUGUUUUUUUGCUUUAACAAUCAACCUGUUCUUUAAAAUGUACACAUUAAGUGUAUGUGAAGCAGAAAAUUCUCCACACACUGCCAGGAUUUCAUCUGGAUUUUCCACCAGAAAAACAGAACAACUGUUAAUUACAGUACAUUGCAGGUGCAGUUGUUAGUAUGUCUGUAUACCAUAAAAUAUAUGCCAUAUGACCAAGUGUUUCAGAGAAACUGACAUUACCGUAAUGAUUUGCACUUCUUUGAUACAUUCUUUGUUUUAUGCUUUUAUUUUUAUUCCACUAUACAUGCUUAAAACAUGUAGGACCUUCCAAAAGAAGGUUUUAUAGCAUCACAAACAUGUUUCAGAUGAAAAAGCAUAAAGGAUAUGUAUUUUAAUUACUGUCUAUGUGAUUGAUAUGUGUAGAACAGCACUAUUGUUACACAAAAGCUUCAAGCUUUGAAAGGUUGUGUUGCGCAUUAAACUGGUCAAGAGUCAAAUACCUUCUUUAACACAAUAAUUAGUGGUGCCAAUGUUUUAAUCUCGCAUACAUCAAUCUCUGUACAUUCUGAAUUAUAUUUUGGGGUUCUUUUCCAGCUGUUUCUGGUCUGAUGCCAAUAAUCCCAGUUUUCCCAUUAUGCCAGGCAUUUAUUUUAAAGAACAAAUAUAAUCACAAUAAUAUGAUUAUCAAACCUAAUUCAGUUUUUGGCAUUAAUUUAUGCCAAAAGUUUGCACAAUUGUUGAUUUGACCUCUUGUUUUGUAAAUAUUGUGAUUUGAUUUUGUAAAUAAAUAUGCUAAAUAAAUGUAGCAUUUUCAAAU